ACACCUUUUUCCUUAUCCUUGGUUGACUCCACUCGAAGCAGCCAUGGCCACUAAUAAACCCAAUUCAGCACCGCCAUUUCUCCACCUCCUUCUCCUUCUCCUCAAUCUGCUUCCACUUCCAAUUUCAUCAUCACGAAACCCUAAAGAAUCUCCAGUUCCAAUUCCAGCAGAUUGGCCGCACCAAUUCCACUCCGUGCUGUUCAUGAACAGAAGCGGAGCACUCCAAAAGAUUGACCUAUGGUACGACUGGAUCAAUGGGCGCAACUUGAACAUCAUUCAAGAACAGCUCGAUGACGUCAUCCUGUACGACGCCGAGUGGAACAACGGCACGUCGUUUCAGUUCAGUGUCGAUCCAGCUGAGGCGAAAUGCGACGUGUUCCAACUGGAGGUUGGGAUCCUGAGGCCCAAUUGGCUGGACGGUGCUAACUACUUGGGGCAGGAGACGGUUGAUAAUUUUGUUUGCAAUGUUUGGGAGAAAGCUGAUUUCAUUGUUUACUAUGAGGAUGUUGCUUCUAACAGACCUGUUAAGUGGAUCUUCUACUCAGGAUACACUGCUCAUGUGAUGACAUUUGAGGUUGGAGCAGUUCUUGAUGAUCCAAAUUGGCAAGCUCCUCUUUAUUGUUUCACUGAUGAGAAUGAGAAGCAAACAAGAAGAAAAAGAAUAAGAAAAAGAAGUAGAAGCAGCUCCUCUUUUGGGAGGUUGAUGAGGAGGAUGGCUUACUCUGCACAUGAUCAUAUGGAAUUAUGAAAUUGGUGUAUAUAAUAAUAAUAAUAAUAAUAAUAAUAAUAAUAAUAAUAAUAAUAAUAAUGUCUGUAUUUUUGGGAUAUGUCUCUCUAUUGGUAGGUGAUGUUUACAAAGAUAAGAGUAACAAUUGGUUUCUUUGACAGGGGAUAUUGGUGUAGAAAGCAUGAAUAUGACCCGGCAGAGUCUUUGCUCUGAGGCUAGAACUGUUACAAGUUAUUCGGUUGAAUUUAAUCUUAAAA